GCAUUUAGACCACCAUAGACUAUGGGAUCCCAAUGAAUUUGCUGUUUCCUGCUUCAAAAUCAUCAUGUAUUCUAUACAGGCACAAUAUUCCCAUCAUGUGAUACAGGAAAUUCUUGGUCACCUUGAUGUUCGCAAAAGGGACUCACCACGAGUUCGUGCUGGCAUUAUUCAGGUUCUUUUGGAAGCAGUUGCAAUAGCAGCUAAAGGAUCUAUAGGCCCAACAGUUCUGGAGGUUUUUAAUACCUUGUUGAAGCACUUGCGCAUCAGUGUUGACUUUGAGCUGGGCGAUAGGCAUGAGAGGAUUGUCCAGAAUGCUAUUAUUCAAACGAUUGGAUUUUUUGGAAGCAAUCUCCCAGAUUACCAGAGAUCAGAGAUUAUGAUGUUCAUUAUGGGAAAAGUACCUGUUUUGGGGACAACUUCACAAUCACUGGAUACCAGUCAUCUUGGAGAUUUGGGAACUAGAAGGAUUCAGAUCAUGUUGUUGAGAUCUUUACUUAUGGUGACUUCAGGAUACAAAGCCACAACGAUAACCAACGCACUUCCUCCCCCCUUCCUGGACCCGUUGUUGUCUCCUUCACUCAUGGAAGACUCCGAGUUAAGGCAGCUGGUCUUGGAAAUACUGCAUAAUCUCAUUGAUCGGCAUGACAACAGAGCAAAGCUCCGAGGGAUACGGAUAAUACCAGAUGUUUCUGAUCUAAAGAUAAAACGAGACAAAAUUUCGAGGCAAGACGUGAGCUUCAUGAAAAAGCACGGUCAGCAGUUGUACAGACACAUUUACUUAGGCUGUAAAGAAGAAGACAAUGUCCAAAAAAACUUUGAGCUACUGUUUACAUCUCUAGCUCUUACCACAAUUGAACUAGCCAAUGAAGAAGUGGUUAUUGACCUCAUUCGAUUAGCUAUUGCUUUGCAGGACAUUGCCAUAAUCAAUGAGGAUAAUCUACCCAUGUUUAAUCGUUGUGGUGUCAUGGCAUUGGUUGCAGCGUAUCUAAACUUUCUGAGUCAGAUGAUUGCAGUUCCUGCCUUUUGUCAGCAUGUCAGCAAGGUCAUUGAAACUAGAAGUCUGGAAGCAUCUUACUUUCUGCCAGAAACAAUUUUCAAAGACAAAUGCAAUCUUCCAAAGUCCUUAGAGAAGCAUGAAAAAAAUUUAUUUUUCCUGACAAACAAGAUUGCAGAAUCCUUAGGAGGCAGUGGAUACAGUGUGGAAAGAUUGUCAGUUCCAUAUGUACCCCAGGUAACAGAUGAGGACAGACUCUCCAGGAGGAAGAGCAUUGUGGACACAGUAUCUAUUCAGGUGGAUAUUCUGCCUGGCAACAACAUAGAGGAUAAGGUUGAUAAUACUGAAGAAAUCACUUUCGAAGCUUUGAAGAAAGCAAUUGAUAACAAUGGACUUGAGGAACAGGAAAAAGAAAAAAGGCGUCUCGUGAUUGAAAAGUUCCAAAAAGCACCAUUUGAAGAGAUCGCUGCACAAUGUGAAACCAAAGCAAACUUGCUUCACGACAGACUCGCACAGAUACUGGAGCUCACCAUUCGUCCUCCACCUAGCCCCUCAGGAACGAUGACCAUUACUGCUGGACAUGCUCAUUACCAGUCUGUUCCAGUCUAUGAGAUGAAGUUUCCAGAUCUUUGUGUGUAUUAA